AUGGUUGAGGAAAAAUCUGCAUCUGAGAAAUCGACGAGUGAGUCCAAGAAAGUAGAUGAAAGUGGUGACACGAAAAGUAUUGAAAAAAAGAAAAAGGAUGCAAAGGAAGAGAAAAAAGAUGAAAUUAGUGAGGAAGAUCGUAAACUGCAAGAAGAUCUCGAUAUGCUUGUGCAACGCUUAAGUGAACCCGAUGAGUCUUUGUAUCAGUCGUCACUGGAAACGAUGCGAACACUGAUAAAAGCUUCAACAACAUCAAUGACUUCCGUGCCAAAACCUCUCAAGUUUAUGAGAUGUCAUUACGCGAAAAUGAAGGAAAUCCACGAGAAAAUGGCUGAAGGACCCGUAAAGAAGUUAUGUGCAGAUGUGAUAUCAGUUUUGGCGAUGACAUCCGAUGAGAAGAGUGAUUGUAUCAAUUACCGUCUUAAAGGAAUGCGUGAACCAAUCGGUGACAUGGGUCUCGAAUAUGUUCGUAUCCAGCUGAAGGCAAUCGAUUUCAGGCAUUUAGCAAUGGAAAUGGCAGAAGAAUGGCGUGCAUCAUCGGGCUCGUCUGCAGAGGAUCGAGCCAGAAGAGAGGAAUUAUUAACUCUGGCAAUAGAGAUUGUUGAGCAUAAUAUGAAACAUAAUGCUGAGGUUGAAGCGUGUGACUUGUUGAUUGAAAUCGAGCGAUUGGAUUUGCUGGUUGAUUAUGUGGAGGAGGUUGAUCAUGCUCGUGUUUGUUUGUACCUGCUUAGUUGUUCUCCGCUCACUCCCGAUCCAGACAAUCAGAUACUGAUCAAGACGGCCAAAAACAUCUAUUUGAAAUUCUCGAAGCAGUUCGAAGCGUUACGUUGUGCGGUGAUGUUGAACGAUGUGGCGAUGAUUCGUGAAAUAUUCCUUGCAACUGAAGAUAUGUUAAUGAAGAAACAAAUGGCAAUUCUGUUGGGUCGCCAUCAAAUAUUUUUGGAGUUGGGUGAUGUGGAGAACGCGGAUCGGUUGGGUGAGCUGAACUCGAAUGCAAAUUUGCACACUUAUUUUCAUUCACUGGCCAGAGAGUUGGAUAUUAUGGAACCGAAAACACCGGAAGGCAUCUAUAAGAGUCAUCUGGAACAAACGCGUCCGUUUGCAUCUGCAUCGACCCCCGACAGUGCACGUAUGAAUCUCGCUGCGGCUUUUGUGAAUGGCUUUGUGAAUUGUGGCUUUGGCGUCGAUAAGAUGAUGUCUGAAAUGGACGAUGCGAAUCGCUGGUUCUACAAGAACAAAGAAUUUGGUAUGAUGUCGGCUGCGGCAAGUCAAGGCUUAGUGUGGAGAUGGGAUAUCGAUGCUGGUCUUGCACAGUGUGAUCGAUUCUUGUACGUGAAUGAUGACUACAUCAAGGCCGGUACUCUGCUAGCAAUUGGCUUAAUCUCGUCGGGUAUCCAAGACCCGUGUGACCCUGCAUCAGCAUUGCUCAUGGAUCACGUGCACAGCGAUCGUACGACAAUGCGUAUCGGCUCGAUUCUUGGUUUGGGCUUAGCGUAUGCGAACUCGAAACGUGACACUGUUCUGAAGAAUGAAGAAGGUGGAGUGGUAUACGAACUGAAGAAAGUUCUCGGCGAUAAUAAGCCAUCGGUUACGGCUGAGGUGAAAGGAUUGACGGGUUUGGCGCUUGGAUUUAUUUUGGUUGGCACGGCAGAUCAUGACGUGGCGAUGGAGAUGUUGCACGUACUGAUGGAGAAGGAUGCCACUGAAUUGCAAGAUCCAAAUAUGCGAUUCCUCGCACUCGGAAUUGCACUCAUUUUCUUAGGAGCACAAGAGAGGAGUGAAGUGUUCGUGGAGAGUGUACGUGCUUUGGCUGAACCAUUCGGAAGUAUGGUGUCGACGUUGGUUGAUGUUUGCGCUUAUGCUGGCACUGGAAAUGUGCUCAAAAUUCAGAAACUUUUGCAUAUUUGUUCGGAACAUUAUGAACCGAAGGAAACGAGCAAGAAGCCAAGCAAAGAAGACAAAUCGAGCAGUUCAAAGAGUGCCAGUGCUUCAAAGGAUGCAGAUUCGUCGAGUAAAACAUCGGCCAAGAAAGACGACAAGAAAGAGGAGGAAAAAUUGGAUUUGUCGGCGCAACAAGCGGUCGCCGUACUGGGUAUUGGUCUGAUUGCGAUGGGUGAAGAGGUCGGCUCACAAAUGAGUCUCAGAAUGUUUGGGCACUUGUUGCGUUAUGGCGAGCCAGUGAUUCGACGUGCCGUCCCAUUAGCCUUAGCAUUGAUCAGUACUUCGAAUCCGCAGCUAUCAAUUCUGGAAUCUCUCUCGAAGUUUUCGCAUGAUGCUGACUCAGAUACGGCACAUAACGCCGUGUUCGCGAUGGGUCUUGUUGGUGCGGGUACGAACAACGCGAGACUUGUCUCGAUGUUGAGACAACUGGCCAGUUAUCACCAUAAAGAGCAUGUGAGUCUGAUGUUGGUGAGAUUGGCACAAGGCAUGACGCAUAUGGGUAAAGGUACGAUGACACUGAAUCCAUUCCAUUCGGAUCGUCAGUUGAUGUGUCCGGCUGCAGUUGCCGGUCUAUUCGCCGUUUGCUUCGCGUUCUUAGACGCAAAUAAUAGUGUACUGAACAAUCGACAACACUAUUUGUUGUAUUCGAUGGUGUUGGCUAUGCAACCGCGACUGUUGAUAACGUUAGUGGAGGAUGAGAUCAAUCCGGAGAAUUUGAAACAAGUGAACGUGAGUGUACGUGUCGGACAGGCGGUCGAUGUGGUCGCUCAGGCCGGGAAACCGAAGACCAUCACAGGCUUUCAGACGCACACCACUCCAGUUCUGUUGGCCUAUGGCGAACGUGCUGAGCUGGCGAAUGAUGAAUAUAUAUCGCUGACACCGUGUAUGGAAGGUUUGGUGAUUCUCAGAAAGAAUCCCGAGUAUGAGAAUUCAACAACAAAAAGCAAGUAG